AUAUAGUGAAUACAGGGUCCGAGGAAACUGGAUAUAGUGAAUGCAGGGUCCAGGGUGAGCGGAUAUAGUGAAUGCAGGGUCCGGGGAGACCAGAUAUAGUGAAUGCGGGGUCCGGGGGAGAGUGGAUAUAGCGAAUGCAGGGUCCGGGGAGACCGGAUAUAGUGAAUGCGGGGUCCGGGGAGAGUGGAUAUAGUGAAUGCAGGGUCCGGGGAGACCGGAUAUAGUAAAUGCAGGGUCCGGGGGGACCGGAUAUAGUGAAUGCAGGGUCCGGGGAGACCAGAUAUAGUGAAUGCGGGGUCCAGGGAGACCAGAUAUAGUGAAUGCAGGGUCCGGGGAGACCGGAUAUAGUGAAUGCAGGGUCCGGGGAGAGCGUAUAUAGUGAAUGCAGGGUCCGGGGGAGAGCAUAUAUAGUGAAUGCGGGGUCCUGGGAGAGUGGAUAUAGUGAAUGCAGGGGGUCCGGGGAGAGCGGAUAUAGUGAAUGCAGGGUCCGGGGGAGAGCGGAUAUAGUGAAUGCAGGGUCCGGGGAGAGAGCGGAUAUAGUGAAUGCAGGGUCCUGGGGG